AUGAAACACGUUCUUCUCAAUUUAGAUUUGAGGUCAUCUGAUGAUUCAUAUGGAGCUGUGUUGUUGCCAUUUGAAGUUGAAGGUGUCCACAAUGCAAUAUUCUUCGUUCCUUUAUUUUUAGAACGAAGUCUUCACGAACAUAAGCAUUCAAUUUCAAUAUGUAGUUACUUAACAAUGCAUUUUGUUUGGCCUUGGAAAGUUAUUACUUUGUGGAGCACGAGAAUAAACAAUGAACGUUGUGCAGUAAUGAGUGAUGCGCUUGGACUAAUUGGAAAAGUUUCUCAAUAA